AGUUAGCAGGCCCUUUCGAAAUUCACCCAAAAUUUUGAGGAUGCAGUCAGCACUUCGCCUCAUUUGCAGGCAAGGUUUAAGGAGUUUCGCCUGCAAAGUGCCCAGAUUUCCGGACCCGCAAUGCCAACACGUGGACCCCAAGUGCCAUCAUGUUCCUGGUGGCCAAUGCAAAGGGGCCAAGGAAGUGCUGACUCGCGAAUUGCCUCGUGAGAAAUUCCUGGAGCAGAAUGAGCAGCAGGAGGGCAAGUGCUGUGUCCUUCGGUCGGCGGCCAAAGAUCCCUGCGCAGCAAUAACGCGACCCAAAGAAUAUAAGCCUGUUGAAGAGCCCUUCCGCUCGAUGUGGGAGCCACCCUGCCAGACGGAGGAGCAGCCCUUCUGCAAGGACAAACUGCCCCGCUUCGAUGCGAUCUACUACCAUCCGUCGAACAAGUGCCGUUGCUACCAGCGCACCUGGGUGGAGUGUCCGCCGGUUAAGCAGCGCCUGAAGAAGGUGUGCUGCCUGGACGGCAUCCAUCCGCCCGAGGUCCAGUAUCGCGUGAAGGAUCCCUGCCCAGAGGUUUGCGGAGUACCCUACAAGCGACUGAGGCGACUGUGUGAAACUGGCGAUUGGGAGCGGGAUCCCAAUUGCGAGUGCCCGAAGCUCUUUUGGCCCUGCUGUAAGCCGGCUCGUUGCGAUCCUCGUUGUCGCAGACCCUGGAGACCCGCCAUUUGCGCCAAGUUACGGGCUCCGUAUCCCUCGUUUUCGGAGAUCAGAAGAUGGACGAGACCACUGCGGAAAACCGAGUGCCGAUGCAAGGAGCCCGCCCCAAUGUGCUUAGCUUUUCGGGAAAAAAGUAGGAUCGAAAGGUUAAACCUCAAAUUCACGUGCUAA